AUGUGCACUCACGACUCGUGACUCAAACUCAAGACUUGAUGUAAGCUGGUCUGCCAACGUGGAUGAUGCCAAGGUCGCCUUCCACCAAGACUUCAUUCUUCGUCAUUGCAACGUCAGCACACCACUGCACUUAUCCAUCGCUUAACCAUCAUGUCCGAACCUGAAUCGAGACUCGACCUCCAUGCGCUGCAGGACGCUCUGGAUGACCAGAACAAGAACCAGUCUCGCGCGGAGGCGGCUGCAUCCUCGGCGACCGCAACACAGUUGAGCAAGCCCGAGCAUGGAAAGGCCUCCCCAGAAACGCUAUCUCCUUCUUCGCCUGGCUCCAAGAGCCCAGCGCGGCCAACCUCUUCAGCGCCCACCGCAGCUCCGACUGCUUCGCAGUCACAGCAGCAACACAAUGCAGCACCUAUGAAUCCACAAGUGGAGCAGAUCCGCUCCAUGUUUCCAGACUUUGAUCAAGACACUGUCGCUGCGGUACUCGAAGCUCAGGGAUCAGAUGUGGAAAGAGCUGUGAAUGCUCUGCUGUCAAUGUCGGACCCGACGUACAAAGCACCACCGCCAGCAUCCAACGAAGAAGCAGACGCAGCCUUCGCGCGCUCACUAGCCCAACAACAAAGAGCAGAAUAUGUUUCUGCACAGCAACAGCAACAGAGACCAUUCCAUGAGGGCACUGGAGCUGUUUACGAUCCCUCUCAGCUCAACUAUCAGCCUCGUCUUCGACGCAACCCUCCCUCUCACACUGGAGCUGCCGCAUAUCAUGCACCGCCUCCGUCAGGCUUCGAGAACAUCAACAGGCAGCAGGCGCCGGUAGGUUGGCCAGGUCCAGACGAUGCUAAGCGCUGGGGUGAUCAGAUCAAUUCGGCAGCAGAGAAGGGCUUCGCGCAGGCUUCUACGGCUUUCUCGGCCAUACGCCAACGGCUGGCACAAGGAACAAGCCCGGGAGGUACGCCUACAGGAGGAAGUGCCGCUCCUAGCGGUAGAGGUGGUGGAGGUGCCGCUUCCUUCUUCAACUCUAUAGCAGGCGGCAACAGCGCUAGUGCGACGAACGGAGGACGCAACGCGCGAGGUAACGUGAAAAGCCCGGAUCAGAACUAUGACAGAGAUCCAGCUCAGGUGGGAGACGCGGAUCUAGCAGCGCUUUUGGCUUCCAACGGAGCGCCCAAACCUCCAACCAAGGCAGAUCGUAUGCUCGGCAACUCGGCCAAGAAUGGAUCGUUUGAUCAAAGGUACGGGGCGAGUGCCGGUGGGAAGAUGCCCAAUCGACACUCCGUCGGCAGGCAAGUCAGACCCGAGGACGAGCUGGAGGAUGCCGAAGAGCUGGGGUGGGAAUCUGCAGGAAGGGCUCCUGCGCCCAUAUCCAUCAGAGACAACUCUCUCGGCGCAUCGGGCACGCCCUCGACGCCUGUGCGAGAUGCAAAGAGCAGCACGGGCUCCAACCGGGACGCGGUGGACAGGAUGGAGUCUAGCACGGGCAGAGGACUUACCAGUCCUAAGCCGAAAUCUCCAGCUGCUAGCGCAGUCGCACUGGGAGCUGGAGCUGGAGUGGGCGCUGCCGCUGGCUUGGGAGCAGCGGCGACUGCCGCCCACGAUGAUGAGCCUGCCAAGUCCAAAGCGCGUAGCGACGACGGUUCGAGCGAUGGAGAAGACUUGGAAUACGUCUCGAACCCCUUUGACGAUGAAGACUGAGCUACGUCGCGAAGCCCUCACGCACUACUCGCUGUACAUUUGAGUCGCUCUUCGACACUCUGAAAUGCUCACGAUCUGCCUCCAUGCGCAGCUCGUGCAAUCGUAUUGGGGUAAAGCAAUGAAAGCGUGUGUGGCGCGUGCAGCCGC